AUGCUAAGAACAACAUUCAAGAGGGCCCUGCAGACCAGCGGCUGCCAGGUCCGCGCAGUCAGCAUGGCGGCCGUGAACGCCGAGGCACCGCAGAGGGCACCGAAGCGAGAGGGUGACAUCUCGAGCGUGUUUGCAUCCCUGUCCGGCAUGGAAGACACGCCCCUGCCGGACCGCUUCCGGGAGCUGAAACUGUCGCUGGUCGCCGGCCAUGAGCAAGAAGUCCAACAUAGCUGGAAGAGGCUACUCGUGGCUCUGCAGAAGGAGAACGAUAUCGUCGGCAGUCAGAAGUCCAACGUCAUCCCCGAGGUCGAGUACGCCAACCUCGAGGCCGACCUGGUCAAGAAGCAGGGCGAGCUGAGGAAACGCGGCGCCGCCAUCAUCCGCGGCGUCAUUCCGGAGCAGGAGGCGCGGGCGUACAAGGACGAGGUGGAGGCGUACGUCCGCAAGAACCCCGGAACAAGGGGCUUCCCCGCCGACAACCCCCAGGUCUUCGAGCUCUACUGGUCCCCGCCGCAGGUCAGGGCCCGCUCGCACCCGAACCUGGUCCGCGUGCAGAGGGCCCUCAUGCAGUCCCUCUGGCACGUCUCGAGCCCGCGCGCGCCCAUCGACACCUCCCAGCCCCUGGCCUACGCCGACCGCCUGCGCAUCCGGCAGCCGGGCGACGCCAAGUUCGCGCUGGGCCCGCACCAGGACGGCGGCAGCGUCGAGCGCUGGGAGCGCGAGGGCUACGGCCGGGGCGGCGUGUACGACGCCGUCUUCGCGGGCCGGUGGGAGGAGUACGACCCCUGGGACGCGAGCGGGCGCGUCGACGCCGUCAUCGACCUGUACGACGGCAUGGGCGGCUGCUCCAUGUUCCGCAUGUUCCAGGGCUGGCUGAGCAUGUCGCACAGCGGGCCGCGCCGGGGCACGCUGCUCGUCAACCCGCUGCCGCAGCUGUCCCUGGCGUACACCCUCCUGCGGCCCUUCUUCCGCCCCCGCAAGGAGCUAGACCUGGACGCGACGCCCGCCAGCUCGCCCGCCAGGCGGGAAUACCUCGACCCGUCCAACUGGGAGUUCACGGCCGGCGAGGCCAUGACGUCGGACCUGCAGGGCGCGAGGCCCUCGCAGGGCCAGGAGUUCCCCAAGCUGAGCAUGCACCCCCACCUGGAGCUCGACAGGACCAUGGUGCACAUCCCGGACGUGAAGCCCGGCGACUUUGUCGUCUGGCAUUGCGACACGAUCCACGCCGUUGACAAGGUCCACAACGGCGACUCGGACUCCAGCGUAAUGUACAUCCCCGUCUGCCCGACCACGGAGCACAACGCCGAGUACCUCGUGCGGCAGAGGCAAGCCUUCCUCGACGGGACUCCAGGCCCGGACUUCCCAGGUGGCAAGGGCGAGGCCGAGCACAUCGGCCGCGCCACGCACAAGGAUGUGACGGACCCGAUGGCGCGCAGGUCAAUGGGCUUAGAGAAGCUCUUGGCCGCACCGGAUAUGCAGCCCGGCGCCAAGGAGGCGGUGCAGAAGGCGAAUGCCCUGCUCGGGUUCUGA